GGAGUUAGCUGAAGCAGAGCUCGGGUGGGAUGUCCACGUCCCGCUAUCUGCAUGUACCUCCCACCUGGGCGCUCGGCUUUGGUACGUGUCAUCGAGCAGAGGGCGGAGCCGCGCCACCCCGGAUGUGAAUGCUGUGGCAGGGAAAGGUCACCAGUAAUGGUGACGUUUCGGUGACUGUCGAGGAGGGAGCGUGUUGUCUUGUUUGGGAACCGGUUUCGUGCGAGGGCUGUGGCGGCCGAACGCGUUUCCUGUCGUGACUGGGUUCCUACUGGUGGCAGCUGGCCUCCGAUUCCAUGGAGUGAAGUCGGCCAGUUUUAGCCAAGUGGUCCGUUUCACCCCCUUACCCCAAUCCGUCGCACCGGCGGCGCCCUCCGCUCCGGCUCGGUCUUCUCUGGUUUAAACGUCGGAAAACAGCCAAAAUGGUUUUGGCAGAUUUGGGAAGAAAAAUUACCUCCGCGCUGCGGUCCUUGAGUAACGCGACCAUAAUUAAUGAGGAGGUUUUGAAUGCUAUGUUAAAGGAAGUAUGCACUGCUUUACUUGAAGCAGAUGUCAAUAUAAAACUUGUGAAACAGCUUAGAGAAAAUGUCAAAGCAGCUAUAGAUUUGGAAGAAAUGGCCUCUGGCCUCAACAAAAGAAGAAUGAUCCAACAUGCUGUGUUUAAGGAACUUGUUAAGCUUGUAGAUCCAGGAGUUAAAGCAUGGACACCCACAAAAGGAAAACAAAAUGUCAUCAUGUUUGUUGGCCUGCAAGGUAGUGGUAAAACUACAACUUGUACAAAGCUAGCAUACUACUUUCAAAGAAAAGGCUGGAAGACUUGCUUGAUAUGUGCAGAUACAUUUAGAGCAGGUGCAUUUGACCAACUGAAGCAGAAUGCAACCAAAGCAAGAAUUCCAUUCUAUGGAAGCUACACAGAAAUGGACCCAGUGAUCAUAGCCUCAGAAGGCGUGGAAAAAUUUAAAAAAGAGAACUUUGAGAUAAUAAUUGUUGAUACCAGUGGCCGACACAAACAGGAAGAUUCAUUAUUUGAAGAAAUGUUGCAAGUUUCAAACUCCAUACAACCGGACAACAUUGUUUAUGUAAUGGAUGCAUCAAUUGGUCAAGCCUGUGAAGCACAAGCAAAAGCUUUCAAGGACAAAGUGGAUGUUGCAUCAGUUAUUGUUACGAAGCUCGAUGGUCACGCUAAAGGAGGAGGUGCCCUUAGUGCAGUGGCUGCCACCAAAAGUCCAAUAAUUUUUAUUGGUACUGGAGAACACAUUGAUGAUUUUGAACCAUUCAAAACACAGCCCUUCAUUAGCAAGUUACUUGGUAUGGGUGACAUUGAAGGUUUAAUAGACAAGGUAAAUGAGUUGAAAUUGGAUGACAAUGAAGAACUAAUAGACAAGCUUAAACAUGGUCAGUUCACUCUGCGUGAUAUGUAUGAGCAGUUUCAAAACAUUAUGAAGAUGGGUCCGUUCAGUCAGAUAAUGGGUAUGAUCCCUGGCUUUGGAACCGAUUUCAUGAGUAAAGGCAAUGAACAAGAAUCAAUGGCAAGACUGAAGAAACUGAUGACCAUAAUGGAUAGUAUGAAUGACCAAGAACUGGACAAUAAAGAUGGUGCUAAGCUGUUUAGUAAACAGCCAGGAAGGAUCCAAAGAGUGGCACGAGGAGCCGGUGUUACAACCAGAGACGUUCAGGAGCUUCUGACACAGUAUACAAAGUUUGCUCAAAUGGUGAAAAAAAUGGGAGGAAUCAAAGGUCUUUUCAAAGGUGGUGAUAUGUCCAAAAAUGUCAACCCAUCUCAGAUGGCCAAACUCAACCAGCAGAUGGCUAAAAUGAUGGAUCCAAGAGUACUUCAUCAUAUGGGUGGAAUGGCUGGCCUACAGACUAUGAUGAGACAGUUUCAACAAGGUGCUGCAGGAAACAUGAAAGGCAUGAUGGGAUUUAACAACCUUUGAAGCCAAUGCCAUAAAUAAACUGUUGGCAAAUUUGGAAGAUAAUUAUAAACCUUUUUUUCCUUUGGGAGGGGGAGGAGGAAAUAGAGUUUUUAACCUUAAAAUUAUUGAAUAAUAUUGGUAUACGAUUGAUUUCAUUGUAUGCUAUUUGAAUAUGUUGAAUAGAAAAAAAAGAAAUCAUUUAAUGUAACUGCUGAAGUUUCAUUGAGUGCUCAAAUGAUAUUGGGUGAAAUAAAAUAUUCCUUUAGCCAAUAUUUUCAAGUAUGUUUCUCACUUUAUGUUGUAAAAUACAAAUAUAAAACAUCAUGUAAAAGUAGAAUUACAUUAAUUUACUUCAAAUUGUUUGCACAGGUAGGCAAACAAUGUAUAAUUUGUAAAUGCAGUGCUUUGUUCAAAACAAAAUGAAGAUUUUCAUAAAUGAAUUUGCUUCUUAC